AUGUAUGGUUCAUGGAACAAGGACAGCAGCUAUCCAUGGUGCCUCACGGAGUGCCGAAAGCGAACCAUCGCCGCACUUUGUAAUUGCUUACCCUUUACGUUGAUACCCAACGCUAAUGACACUACCUGCACACCAGAGCACCUCAUUUGUCUUGCUAAACACAGAGAAAAAUUCUUAUACUACUAUCCUGGGAAAGAUGCUGAUUUCAAGAGUCUCACUAAAGAACGACAGGACUCCCAACAGUGUCAGCAUUGCAUGCCUGACUGCACCCGCGACUGGUACACUACAGUCCCUUUUCGCAUCAAACAUUACUUUUCGAAGAAGUUUUGGACUAACAAAUUUUCGUAA